AUGUUCGGUUUGUUGUGCCGUGUUGUGUUUGGUUUGGGGUUGUGGAGUGAAAGGUUCUGGUGUGUCUGGUGCCCUGUGUGUGUUUUGUGCUGUGUCUGUGUGUGGUGUGUGGUUUUGUCUGGUGUUGUGUUUGUGUUUGUGUGUUGUGUGGGGGUGUGUGGUGUUGUGUGUGUUGUGUGUCUGUGUUGUGUCUGUGUGUGUUGUGUGUUGUGGUGUUGUGUGUUGUGUGUGUUUUGUGUUGUGUUCCUUUUGUGUGUUUCGUGUCUUGUGUGGUGUUGUUGUUGUGUUUGUUGUGUUUUUUUUUGUUUGUUUGUGUGUUUUGUGUGUUGUUUUUGUGUUUGUGUUUUUGUUGUUUUGUUGUUUUUGUGGUUUGUUGUGUCUUGUGUGUGUUGUUUGUUUCUUUUGUUUUGUGUUUUGUGUGGUGUGUUGUUUUUGUUUUUUUUUUUGUUGUUGUUUUUUUGUUGUGGUGUUGUGUGUUUGUUUUUGUUUGUUGGGUGUGUGUUGUGUGUUGUGUUUGUGUUGUUGUUUUGUUUUUUUUUUUUUUGGUUUUUGUUUUUUUUUUUUUGUGUGGUGUGUUUUGUGUGUGUUUUUUUGGUUUGUUUGUCUUUUGUGUUGUUGUGUUUUUGUGGUGGUGUGGGUUGUGUGUGGUUUGUUGGGGGUCUGUGUGUGUGUGUUUUGUUUGUUGUGUUGUGUGUGGUAUGUGUCUUUUUCUGUGUGUGUGUGUGUGUGUGUGUGUGUGUCUCCUGUGUGUGUGUCUGUGUGUGUGUGUUGUGUCCGUGUGUGUCUGUGUGUGUGUGUGUGUGUGUGUCUGUUGUGUGUGUGUGUGUGUGUGUCUGUGUGUGUGUGUGUGUUGUGUGUCUGUGUCUGUCUGUGGUGUGUGUGUGUGUGUGUGUGUGUUGUGUGUGUGUGUGUGUGUGUUGUGUUUGUGUUGUGUGAUUGUGUGGUGUGGUGUGUGUUUUGUGUGUGUGUGUCUGUGUUCUGUUUGUGUGUUGUGUGUGUGUGUGUGUGUAAACUUGUCUGAAACAUUCAUAUCUUCAAUUCUGAAAAACAUGGUAACAGCGUUUUGGGUUAGGGUUAAGACCUAUUUGACAUGAAGGGGAAGGUCUCUCGGAAACAUUCCUGGCACAUCACGGGAACAUUCCUAUCUUAAGGUUAUUGAUGACCUAAUGACACUCUUAAGGGAAUGUUCUUUAAAGUAGUGGGAACGUUUGUUUUUAGCUGGGUGGUGACUGCAGGUAUAACAUAAAUAGUUGGGUGAACCAGGCUGGCAUGAUGGUGGAUGUUGUUGCCUGAGAGCUGAAGACUCUGUUGUUUCUGUUCUGUCUGAAUGUGUCCUCCUGGUUACUGAUUCCAAGACUGUUGUUUCUGUUCUGUCUGAAUGUGUCCUCCUGGUUACUGAUUCCGAGACUGUUGUUUCUGUUCUGUCUGAAUGUGUCCUCCUGGUUACUGAUUCCGAGACUGUUGUUUCUGUUCUGUCCCCCAGGAGUGUUGUGUCAGCAGAGAGGAGACCUGAGGCUGUGUGGUGGGGCCAUCCAUGUUGCCGUCCUCCCACUAUCACUCCCUCCACCCUAUCCUCCUCUCCUCUUCCUCCUCUUCCUCCGCCUGCUGCAGAGAGCGUCCCAGCUCCCACUCUCCUCUCUCCCCACCUGCCGUCCUGCAUCUCUGAGUCCCUGCUCCCCCACACAACAACCCCACAGCACUCCUCGCCCCUUGCCCCUGCCUCCCCCCCUCCCCCUGCCUGACCCCUGCCCCUGCCCCUGCCUCCCCCCUGCCCCUGCCUGA